CGCGCGGAGCCCGAGCCGCAGCCAGAGCGCGGGCAGCGCGGAGCGGGCGGCGGGAAGGCAGCGGAGUCGGGCGGCCCGCCGCCCCCGCCGGGCCCGGGCCACGCACACCCGCCAGGCGGGGGAGAGGACGGGGACCGCGCGCGGGCGAGGGAGGACUCGCUGCCCGGCCCGGGGGGCGGCGCGGGGCGAGGACUGCCGGCUCGGGUCCGAAGUGAGUGUCGGCGGAGGACGCGCCCACUGGAGGUGCGGCCCGGCGAGCUCCCGGCCCAGCCCGCCCGGCUCCGGGGUCCGAGGAGGAAGGUGACGGCCGGGGAGGCGCCCGGCGGAGCCAGCGCCCGGGCGGCGGGGCCAGCGCGGUCCCUGAGGGCGCGGAGGAGCUGGCCCGGAGGCCCGGCGGGAGGGAGCCGCGGCGCGCCGCCAUGGGCCGGGCGCUGUAGCCGAAGGCGCGGGCCCGAUGGAGCGGGCCGGGGCGCGGGGGCUGCGCGGCGGCGGCCGGCCGGGGCUCCGGCUCGCGCUCGGGCUGGCACUGCUGCUGGCGCGGCCGCCGUCGGGCCGCGCGGGCGCCCCCGAGGCGCAGGAGCCCGCGGCGCCCGGCACGGCGGCCCCGGCCGGGGGCGACCGCUGCCGGGGCUACUACGACGUGAUGGGCCAGUGGGACCCGCCCUUCAACUGCAGCUCGGGCGCCUACAGCUUCUGCUGCGGCACGUGCGGCUACCGCUUCUGCUGCCACGACGGACCCCGGCGCCUGGACCAGAGCCGCUGCUCCAACUACGACACGCCGGCCUGGGUGCAGACGGGCCGGCCACCCGCGCGUGCCCGCGACGCCGCCGCGCCCCGGGACCCGGGCCGCGAGCGCAGCCACACGGCCGUCUACGCGGUGUGCGGCGUCGCCGCGCUGCUCGUGCUGGCCGGCAUCGGGGCGCGCCUGGGCCUGGAGAGGGCGCACAGCCCGCGCGCGCGGCGCACCGUCACCAGGACACUGACAGAACUUCUGAAGCAGCCGGACCCCCAGGAGCCGCUGCCUCCACCUCUGGGCCCACCUCUGGGUAGCUGUGUCCAGGUGCAGAUGGGGGAUGGCCUCCCCAGGGGCUCCCCCAAGAACACAGGUGUGCAAGCUGGUGGGCCAGCAUAUGUCGAUCCACAGCACAGGCCUGGGAGCAGAGGAAGGGGUGUGUUGAGGGACAAGAAGCGCCCCAACAACGUGCCCCUGGGGUCAGCGACACCAGGACCCCUGCGUGGCCCCAGGCUGCAGGACGGCGGCAGCAUGACGCUGCAGCGGGACUACGCCAAGUACGCCACCCUCAAGGCAGCCGCGCUCAAGGCCGCAGAAGCCACCCCGCCGGACUUCUACCAGCGGUUCCCCGCGACCGAACCUGCCCCGCUGACCGUCCCGGCGCGGCCCCAGCGGCCCCGAGAGGACUUGCCGGCGCUGCUCGACGCCUGCCCCUGGGCCCCGCCGGGCUACGCGCCCCCCGCCGGCCUUGCUCCUUCGGGCCACUACAAGGCCUGGAUCGCCGGCCGCCUGGCCCGGCCCGCCCCCCGCGGCCACCUGGCGGCUCAGGCCUCCCCCGCACCCCGGCGGCCCGGCCACGCGCCCCGGCGCCAGUUCAGCGUGGAGAAGCCGCCCGAGGCCUUCGGCCCGCAGCCCCCUGGACUUUACGGCAGUGCAGGCCGCGGGCCCCGGCACCUGAGCACUAACAGCAAAGCUGAGGUCACCGUGUGAAGACAGCCGCUGGUUCUCCCGAAUCAUCGCAAUCUCCGGGGCGCCCUCAUCUGCCUGGAGGCCGCCGUGGGCCGGUUCCCGGGGCCCAUACCGUGGGGGAGGAGAGGCGCCGGCCGUGGAAGGCCAGCCUGCCCUUAUGCCUGCCCAAACUGGACUGGGGCCUUGGAGCCUGCAGGGCUAAGAAGGGGCCCACUGGGUGAGGCCAGUGGUUCUGUCCUUGGGGUCUUAGGGCCAGGGUUCCUCGUGUAAAUAUAAAGCCUUUUCUGUGGCUCCCAUCCCUGAGAAUAAAGGAGCCCCAGCUUGGCUCUGAGAGGCACGGAUGGUGGAAGCAUUGGUCAUUGGACAGACGGCAAUACGGGCAGAGGGCACAGCGUGUGCAAGAGCAAAGGACUGCUCCUGAGAGCUGGCGGGCAAGUGUCCUGGGAGCCAGGGAGAGGUGGCUGGAGAGGGUAGUCAGGGCUGAAUGCCAAGCUUAAUGUCCAUACCAGUGGGAGCCAUGGGGGAGGGAGCACUUGGGCCCCAGCCACCUGGAGGCUCCCGAGCACAGGGGAGACGGCUGUGGGGAGCCUGAGGCCCCCUGGAGGGUCCAUGUCCCUUACUGGAGGUGAGCCCCUUCCGGCCAGUCACUCUACAUCUUGAGUUGGUUAAACCUAGCUGAUUCUCACUGACACGGUCUGGCCCUGAGCCGGCACCUGGCUUGCAGGCCACUUGGCCAGCUUGGUCCAGGGCCACCCCCCUAAUGGGUGUGGGCAGUGGGCCAAGUGGACAGCUGGUGCUCAGGAUGGGGGAGCCUCCUCCCAGUAGCUGCUGUAGGGGGGAAAGGGGAUGGGGAUGCUGGGCGCGGAGCCUUGGCAGUGACCCCACCGGGGUGCUCACACAGGCUUGCAUUGCCAGCUCCCCCUUCCUGCCAGGUGGGCUCUGGGUAGCUGGCUGUGGCUCAGGGCAUUGCCAGCAGCCUGGAUGCAUCGGGUUCCUUUGUGCCAGGGAUGGUUGGGAGGUUGAGGUCUGGGUUAUGUCCCUCACUGUGUCACCUCAA